AUGAUCAACCAACUUCCUUUCUUCAUCGUGGCGUUUCUGGUUAUUUGUCUUCAAGGCCAUAAUGGUGCAGAGGCAAGAUCUCUAGACUUAAUGAAGAAUUCCGAGAGUUGCAGUUUGGUUAGGGAGAAACUUCUUGCAAACAUUGAGAGAUUACAGAAAUCCUACGAGGUGUGCUGGGGAAAAGCCUACGACAGACUACUACGAAGGAAACGUGCCCCAGAAUUGAUUUGGGAUAUUGAAUAA